GAGCGCCUUCACCAACGAACCCAACAGCCCGAUCAUAAGAAGUAUCGGCAGCUUAAAUCAACGGUUUCAUUUGAUCGUACGGGUAACCAUCAACUGCCGGGAUUGAGAAAUCGAUCUGGAGAUGUUGGUUCCUACAUGGAUGGCAGCCAAGGACGCUUGACUGCCUGUUACUGUUGCAUGGAUUCGCACUAUCUCCUCAUCAUCGUUGGUAUAGGUUUGUUGAUUCUCGGAAUAGUAUUGCUAUGGGUAACGGAUCGUCACGUUCGAACAGGCUGGCUGCUCGCCAGAACCGGCUUGAUCGUUCGAACUGGCGCACUGGAGGAUUGUCGCUUGCGAACGAAUUCCAUUCUGAAGAACUCGCAAACUAACUAUUGGAACAAGCAAGUCAGGUUCGUCGCACGUGAAGCCUUUAGACGGGAUGCACACCGAAUAAAACAAAUGAUACGACGGAUUCAACAUGAAAGAUUACAGAUUUAUCAAGGAUAUCUUAAUGAACUUUGCACUGUUGAUCGUACGCGACAAAAUCUGCAGAACAUGGCGAGAAAAGCAAAUCCUUCUCCGGCCUAUCCACCAACGAUGGAAGCAAUAUCCAUGUCAGAACCAACAUCGUGUUCGUUGUUUGAUGCAAGUGGGCAGCUUAAAAGUUCAGUGCAGAAUCACAUUAGUGAACAAUUUCAUGGAUCCAAUAACCAAACCUCUGACGGGAAGUUGGACCAUGAUUUUCUUCAAAUACCUUCCUGUGUUUUUACUCCAAUCGUACCAGCUACAUACGCUGAAGGUCAGUCUUCUCGCAUUAUUCGGCUGACCAAAUCGAGGGAUGUCCUCUGGAGAGGUAACGCAACUUUUGUUUCAGCAACGAAUCAGUCAAAGAACUCGCGCUUCAAAUCCGGUGAUCCGUUACCCGAGGAGCUAGGAAUGGCCCUAUCUACGGGAAGCCUAGCAUUGCUACUAAAUGCCUGUCAGCAGCUCAUCUUAACUGGACUAACUGUUACAUUGGCGAUGGUUGGUUUUUUGGUGUGCCUUCAGUUGGCUAAGUUUUUGGCACAGCGGUUGCUGCCGAUUCGAACAAGGAAGGUCUUAUUAGUCACUACUCACCCGGUUCAUCCAGCAAACCCGCCCUGCUUCCAGACAAUAUGAAUUCUUCUGAAGGAUUUCAGUUAUCAGGGACCUCAGCCAAGGAUCUCUUAGCUCCCUUGUAACUACUCAGUUUCCUUAGGAGAUCUCUACUCUUGCCUCGUGCGUUGAUGGAUGGAGAUUGCCCAAGUCCUGUACAGUCAUCUGUAUUCGUUUUUACUCUCGUCUUUUCGAAGAACCGGCAUGCCCCGAGUAUGCGGAUUUUCUGAAUUCUUGCUGUUUUAUCCAUCAAAUUUGUGAUCACUUUCAAGUAUCAACCACACACCGGCGAGUUCCUCUCCUCUUAAACGCAUCUCCUAUCAAAGUUUCUCAUCAUCUUGUACAAGGAAUCAGGACUUUACCUUUCUUCCAGUGAGUAAACUUUGGGGAAACAUGUCUCAUCAUAUACUCUAGUGCAUACCAAGCAUCUGACCAAUCCUCAUUCCAUCUCUAGCUUGAAUUUAGGACUUCGAAAUUCUUCCUAUUGUUCUUCAGUUCUAACACUUCCAAAUUACCUCGACACUUUCAAUCAGUGAUAUUUGUGUUUGACGAGCGCCUGCCGAUUCUUGUACACAAAAUGGUAAAAUCCCGUUGAGAUUGUGAUUGUCUAUUCUGCACUUCUGCCCCACAGAGUGAAAAAGCUCGGUUUGACCAAAAUAUAAUGUCAAC